UCAAAAGCCUAGAAGAAAUUGCUUGUCAGAUGACCAUCGAAUUUCUCAUAGAAUUAUGAACGAAUGGAAUUAAUUGCCUCGAUGAGUGAAUAAAACUCCGCCUAUCGACGCUUUCAAAUAAAAGUUGUAUCAACUGAAAGACCACCGUAUCCAUGACUAACACAGACCACCUAGACUACUGUACUUUCUUAAUAGAAACCAAACUUUUCAAAGGAAAAUAAUGAGGUCGAAGUGAGAAUGGACUAAUUUUCCAGACUUUCGGCUGUUCCCUGGAAUUUUGAACCAAAUGUUGUCCAAUGUUACAAUUUUUAUUUGGAUGCCAUUAUUGAGAUCUGAUGAAGCGGAUUUUGCUCCGCUGAGUACAAAUGUUGUGAUACGCCGGAUGUGGUUCUCAGCGGACGUCAUUAGACCUACAUUUCAGCUCUUCUAAUUCUAGUCGUUAAUUUACCAACAACAUCAUUGUCAACAUUAUUGUUAUUAUUAUCACCACCAUUGUUAUGCGUGAUUAAAGCCAACCAACAACUUUAAAUCUACAUUAUGAAAUUCACUUCAUUUGCAUAUUUCAAUAAGGUUUUCAUGGGUCUUGAUUUUGUCCCAUUAGAAAAUGAGCAACCAGUUCGUGGUGGAUUCUACAGAAGUUCACAGAUUUUUAUCCCACUUGCUAAAUUUAUGAAUGUUCCAUUAGAUCAAAUUAACUAUGUUGUUAGUGGAGUGAUUAGCAUCGGUCUGGGUCAAUUAAUGCGACGCCGGUUAUCACCUCAGAAAUGCUCUCCACGAAUUCGUGCAGUUUUUGAAACCUUAUUUGGUCUGUUGUUAUUAUCAUUUUGCUUUGGUAAUCAAUUGCGUGUAUUAUUGAUACAAUCAAGUAUUGCUUAUCUAUUCAUGAUGUGUCUACCUAGUAAUCAUUUUAUGGCUGUAUUAGUGACAAUUUGGUCGUUAUUUUAUCUUACAUUAGUACAUAUUUGUCGAUUAAAAUAUGAUUAUGGGGGAUAUACACUGGAUAUUUCUGGACCAGUAAUGGUACAAACUCAACGUUUAUCUAGUUUAGCGUUUAAUCUUGUCGAUGGUGUAUCAAUGCGUAAAAUGUCUGGUCCAAAUUAUUGUAAAUCACAACAAACUAAUUGUUCCACCAAUGAAAUAAUCAAUCGUGAUGAAACUGUGGAACAAUUCCCACCUUGUUGCAAAGGGGACGCAUUCACUGAACUUGAUACAACAACAAUGAUAAUGACUUCGAAAUUGAAGUCAAACACUAUUCAUUAUCAUGCGCCAAAUCAUUGUAAAUCAAUGCAACGUGCUACUGCUAUUGCGUCGGAUAGUCAUUCUGUCAUGAUGAAUAUCCCUACAAGUCAUAAAUUACAUGCCGUUGAGAAAAUUCCAGAUCCGAUCAUAUUUUUUGCAUACAUGCUUUAUUUUCAUGGUGUAUUUGUUGGACCUUUCACGUUUUUUUCUGAAUAUAUGGAUUAUCUUAAAGGUUACACAAGCAGAGAAUUACCUCCAAUCAAUAUGCGUUAUUUAAUCACUUUAUUUCUACGUACAAUAGCUUCGGGCCUAUCAGCUGCCUAUUUAUGUCCUUAUUUCCCGUUUGAAUUUGUUUUAACUGAGCCGUUUACAAAUUACUCCAUGUUGCAUCGUAUUUUAUAUGUAACCAUUUCUCUAUUCUUAAUUCGACAAAAGUACUACUUUGCAUGGGGUUUAGCUGAAGUCAACGGAGUGGCUGUCGGUGCUGGUUAUACUGGCCAGUGUCCACGCACAGGUGCUACAUUAAAUCAUAACAUUCGCAAUUUUGAUUUCAUUAAAGUUGAAACUGGUAUUAGUUUAAAACAUGUUAUCGAUGCAUGGAAUAUCUCAACUACACGAUGGUUACGUGAAACAUUUUAUGAUCGUCUUCCAUCAGCUUAUCGUACAAUCCUUGUCUUUAUUAUAAGCGCUUUUUGGCAUGGCUUUUAUCCUGGCUAUUAUAUUAUGUUUUUAUCGUUUGCCUUAUUCACUAUGACCUCACGUCUAUGGCAUCGUCAUUGUCGUCAAUAUUUCCGUAGAAAUUAUCUCUCCAGUCAACUCUAUAGUGUAUUUACCAUGAUCAUUACUAAUUUAAUUGUAAAUUAUGGUCAAGCACCAUUUCACCUGUUAGAUUUCUAUUCAUCAUUGAAAUUUUUACGUAUAUUCUAUUUUAUACCGCAUCUAAUUGCUGUCGGUAUUUUGUUUAUCUAUUUUUCCAAAGUGUGCAUUAUAAAAUUAUCACUUAAGUAUCAGCUUGAUAUUAAGAGGUUUGAUUAUGAUAAAAGUAAUGAUGAUAAAAGUCGAAAAUUAUCAAUUUCUUCAAAUCAUGAUCGCGGUUUUGGUGGCCAUUAAUUACUAAAGGACGACGAUCACCACUACCUUCAAUACCCCGUUCGCCUCCUGCUUAUGUUCAUCAGUUAACACUUGCUUGCUUAUAAUGUCUCCCCUCUCACUCUUGUUUUUUUCAUCCAUCCAUUUAUCUAUUUAUCCUAUAAAAACAUACUCAAAUAUAUUCCUUGUUGCGUUUAUCCCCUUCCACCCUCUCCUGCCCACUGUCGAAAUCAUGUCCCAUUGCAUGUACUGCUACUUCCUCCAUUUCCUUAAAAUUAGUAUUCUCAUAAUCACUCAGUCUUCUUCUGAAUGUUAAUAUGGGUUACAUUUUGUGGGGUUGUUUUUUAAUUUUAAAAAAAAUGGGGCGAGAAAAAUUAUUCUAUUUCAAUGAUGCGUUUGACUAUGGUAUAUAUAUAUAUAUAUAUAAUAUUUAUUUUGAAGUCUUCUUGAUUACCUAAUAAUUUGACUUACCAAGUGUUCACUUGUAAUAAUAAUAAUAUUACUAGUAAGUGAUGAGUUCACAUAACAGUGAGUUGAACUUCUAUUUGUUCGUGUGUGUUGUGAACGUUUUCUCAAAUAUUAAAUCAUAUGAAGAAUGUGUUGUGAUUUGGUAUUGGUUUUAUGUGGACAUGCAUACAUAUAUGCAUAAUGGAUACAAGGGAUCGAUUAACCUAGGGGAGUCGGAAAACCGUGAUUCUAAACCAAGAGACAUGAAGAAUUUGGGAGAACACAAAGGGUGGAUUCACCUGCGCCAUUGCAAACGAUUUUGAGCCAUGUCA